AUGUGGGCUAUCAUGACCGUCGUCGUUGUCUUUGAAUUCUCAGGAGGGGCCACACUUUCGAAAGGACUAAAUAGAGGAGUGGCAACAUUAGUAGCCGGAGGACUAGGAAUUGGAGCUCAUCAACUAGCAAGUUUGUCGGGUCGAACAGUCGAACCUUUUCUUCUCGCCAUCUUUGUCUUUGUGCAAGCUGCGACGGUCGCGAGGUUCCUCCCGCGGGUGAAGGCGAGAUACGAUUAUGGGGUAUUGAUAUUCAUAUUGACAUUCGCACUUAUAUCGUUGUCGGGGUUUAGAGACGAAGAGGUAUUGGAUUUGGCUCAAAGCAGACUAUCAACAAUUGUGAUCGGAGGAAUCAGUUGCAUACUUAUUUCUAUCUUUGUCUGCCCCGUCUGGGCUGGACAAGAUCUUCAUUCUCUCCUUGCCUCCAACGUUGACACACUCGCCAACUUUCUUCAAGAUUUUGGGAACGAAUAUUUUGAAGCGACAGAGGAUGGGGAAAUCAAAGAGGCGGGGAUGAGGAUAAGGAAUUUUGAACGAUAUAAAAGUAUUCUCGACUCAAAAAGUGAUGAAGAAGCAUUGGCUAAUUUCGCAAAAUGGGAACCAUGUCAUGGCCAAUUUAGAUUCAGGCAUCCAUGGAAACAAUAUCUCGUUGUGGGUGCAUUGCUUCGGGAGUGUGCCUACCGGAUUGAUGCCUUAAAUAUCUACAUCAACUCAGAGUUUCAGAUCCCAAUGGACAUUAAAAAGAAAGUAGAAGAACCAUUAAGAAAGAUGAGUUUGGAAUCAGGAAAAUCAAUGAAAGAAGUGUCGAUUUCAUUAAAGAAAAUGACAAAACCGUCUUCUUCUGAUAUCCAUAUCUCAAACUCACAAUCGGCCUACAAAGAUCUGUCUAAUUUACUCAAAUCAGGCAUUUUGAAAGAUGUUGAGCCUCUACAACUGAUUUCAUUGAUGACGACAAUCUCGGGGCUCAUCGAUAUUGUAAACUUGACCAAAAAAAUCUCAAAAUCCGUACACGAGCUUGCAUCCGCUGCAAUGUUUAAGAACGAGAUGAGGCCAACAAUAUCAUCCGACAAGUCGGAUUCUUUAAGCAUUGGUCGGGCCAAGCCAAUCAAAUCUCAUGAUGAUGAUGAUGUUGUCACAAUUUUAGGUGAUGCUGAUACAUCAAACGACACAGAUAACCAAUCACGUGGAGAGAGUUCAAUAGAUUCAUGUCAUCAUGCCGCGAUAAAGAUUAAUGAUGAUGAUUUAAUAUAUGAGAAACAUGAAGAUGGUGUAUCAAGUGAUCAGAGUAUUGCUAGUAGAAGUGGACGGGAAUGA